AUGAAGGAAAUUUCUGCUGUUGCAAAUCUGCUCGUGCCAGAGUCAAACUCGACACAAUCAGCCUUGCCAGGUUGCCACCACCUUGAAACUGAACCUCUAUGGCCAAUCCUAGAGAAAGUAGAUAGAGCUGUGCCCGAAUUUCAAGCUGUUAGGCCAGUGCUUCCCAACCAAGAAGCUGUUGCUAGUAAAAAUCUGUCGGCACCAGAACCGUACCCUAUAGCAGCAGCCACAGAAGAUAGCCCUGAACAUGAAGCUCAAGAUAUGGGACCAAUUUCAAAUGAAGGAAAUGCUGCUGUUGCAAAUUUGCUCAUGCCAGAGCCAAAUUCGGCACAAGCAGCCUUUGCAGGUCGCCACCACCUUGAAGCUGAACCUCUAGGGCCAAUCCUAGAGAAAGUAGAUAGAGUUGUAUAAAAAGGGCCCUUUCUCUCUUUCUUGGAACUAUCGCUCACCCAAGCUCACUCUCUCGUUCAUGUCUCUCUGC